AAAUAAAUAUUUAAUUAUUUUUUUAUAUACUUUAUCUAAUUAUGGCUCAUAUACAAUUUGUAGACGAAUUAGUGCGGGAAUAUCUUUUAUUUAGAGGAUUUACAGCAACAGUGAAGGCAUUCGAUAGUGAUUUAAAAGUAGAUAAAGAUAAAGGUUUUAGAGUAGACAAAAUAGUUGAACAAAUUGCACACUACAUUAAUGUGUCUGAUUUAAAUGGACUAAAAGAAUAUUGGUCUCACUUGAAUGGCUUAGUUUUCUCUAAACUUGAAAUUCAUGUUCAACCAGCUGUACGAAAAAUUGAAUAUAGUCUAUACAAGUUGUACUUGAUCACAGCUGCUCAAAGCACUGGUGGGGUGCGCAAUGAAAAGGUUGCAGAAUUUCUCUCUAAAAUGCUUCCAGAAUUACAAGGUCAAAAUGAAUGGAGAGAUUGGUUUAUGUUGCCCUACAUUCAGAAACCAGAAGACCAUAUUUCCUUCAGUCUGUACUUCACCAGAUCUUGGCAAGAUAAUGUGUGGGUGUCACUUCACAACUUACUGGCUACAGUGUUCCAGUGCAUGCCUCAACCCACACUAACUAGCUAUGAGAGUAAUGCUGCUGAAGUAAAGAGAUUGCAAGAUGAAAUAACUACAUUGAAAGGCAUGGUGCAGCAACAACAGUCAACAGAUAAGACCUCUCCAAUCGGACAUCAAUCACGGCUCGCUCAGUAUUCAGAGCGACUCAGCGGGCCCCUGCCUCUAGUGGAUGACUUCUGUGCAAUUCCAUCUGAACAGCUGGAAACCGGGAUGCGGGAAGCCAAAGGCCUACGGGGACUUAUUCGCCAGAUGGGAGGCAGUCCGGUUAUGGGCCGAAGAUCAGGACGUUCACAAAGUCAAAAUUAAAUUUCUGAAACAUAGACAAUAAAACAAUAAUAGUACUUAAGUGUAAAUAUGUAACAUUCCACAGAUCGUUGCAGUGAUGAAAUGUGUAUGAU